AUGAACUUAUAAAUUUAAGGUGUCAAAACGCGCACUCGUUUUGGUGAACGCGUUCUACGUGUAGCAGGGUCUCUUUCUUUUCCUGACACUCUCGACGGUUCUCGAUAUCAUAGUUGUAAAUGUCUGACAAAGCUGACUUGAAUUUAGAUGUCGUCGCCUUGGCGGGGGUGGACGGCGCCGUCCUCGCCGCGCUAAAAGUGGGCCAACGACUUCACAUAGCAAGAGGAGAUGGUCAGGAGGGGCUCCACUUCCAAACGGAAGCAGGCGUACAGUUGGCACCGCUGAGCGACCCAAGCGUGGCAGCGCGGUUUCCCCACAGCAAGGUCAUCGUGCGCGCCCUCAAGCGGGAAGCAGGCACUGGGAACAUCCAACAGCUGCAAGUUCGCGUGUACCGCUCAGAUGAUGCACCUGGGAGUAGCACCGCUGCUGGAGCUUCGACAGCAGCAGCAGCAGCAGCACCAGUCGGAGCAACAGCAGCAGCAACACACCAAGCAGGUGGCGCUGCGGCUGCUGCGGCUGCUGGUGCGCGCGGUGCCAGCAGCAGCAGCACCCCUGCAGCGGCUGGGGCGGGGCCAGCAGCGGGAGCUGGAGGCGGCGGCGGCGGUGGCGGCGGCGACGGCAGCAGCGGUGACGGGAUAGCGGCUGCGGACGAAGCCGAGUACAAGCUGCGGAGAGAGCAGUACCUUGCACUGGCCGGCAACGCUGAGCUGCGGCAGCGGCUGUCGGACCCGCGGCUGCAGGGCGUGCUGGGCCGCAUAGACGGCGCAGCGGACCGGGAGAAGGCUCUGGCGGCGCAGCUGGAGACGCCCGACUUCCAGGGAUUCGUGAGCCAGGUGCUGAUGAGCCUGGAUCCGGAUCGGGUGCCCGCCACAGCCGCUACGGCGGCCGCGGUGGAGAUGCGGGCGGCUGGGGGGCGGUGAAGCAGUGAACGGCACAUGUACACGCAGAGGAACCAGGUGUCAAGAACCCGGCCGGCGCGUGCCUGGCACUGCUUCAAGCCCGUAUUUUAUUGAUGGUUGUGGUAACGGAUUUAGUGUUCGAUGUUACAUGAAGGAACAGUAAAAGUACAAAAGCACGCUGCGCCCCAUAACUGCUGCUCACGUUGACCGACAUGAUUACACCAUACCUGGUGGCGCACUUUUGAAUGUGGACUGGGGCCGCGUCAGAGGUGUAUUACACGGGUGCAACGGUGCAACCCUGCUAAGAUGACGGGCGUUGUACGGAGGCACUUGGCGUUCUGGGGCCGGGCGCAUAGAACUGUACCAUUCACCGUUCGCUGUUGUUCAAGUGCAGGACCAUUCAUUGACACGACAGCGCCCAUGCCGUUGCAUGUAUGGAUUGUGCAUGUAUAUCGCCUGAAAGCUCGGUUGUCUAGUGUACGGCAGAUGACGCAAGUUAGGGUCGUGUCGGAGUAUGCCAAAGACAUGCAGUCAGGACUUAACUGAGUAAAGUGCGGUCUGUGCGGAAUGCCGUGCGUAGGCACUGGUGAAUGGACGCUGCAAAGCAGGCCUGUGUUGCGCACUUGCGCCGCCAUCAGCUGCCAUACCCUAGCAGCCCCUGAAAGCC